GUCACGUGACCCGGCUGACGAGUUCGGUGAGUUUCCGUUAGCUGCGCGAGGACGAUGGUCAGCGCAGGCCGUGGCUACGGUGUGUGUGUUAUAGAAGAAAAAGUCGCUGGAAGUACGGCAGGAGAGAAACAGUAAACAAUAAAAAGCAAAGUAAAAAAUAAACAAAUAAACGAGACGGGGAAUAAUGCCUCGGAUGUUGUAGGGGUUUUUGAAAUGGCCAUAAGAGAGCUGAAAGUGUGUCUUCUAGGGGACACGGGCGUGGGGAAAUCAAGUAUUGUUUGCAGAUUUGUCCAGGACCACUUUGAUCACAACAUAAGCCCAACUAUUGGGGCGUCGUUUUUAACCAAGACGGUCUCCUGCGGCAAUGAGCUUCAUAAGUUCCUGAUCUGGGACACAGCAGGGCAGGAGAGGUUUCACUCUCUGGCCCCGAUGUACUACAGAGGGUCUGCUGCUGCCGUCAUUGUGUAUGACAUUACCAAACUGGACUCCUUCCAGACCUUGAAAAAGUGGGUGAAGGAGCUAAAGGAACAUGGCCCAGAGGAUAUUGUGGUGGCAAUUGCAGGAAAUAAGAAUGACCUGGGUGAUAUACGGGAAGUUCCCACAAAAGACGCCAAGGAGUUUGCAGAGUCGAUCGCAGCCAUAUUCAUCGAAACCAGUGCUAGAAAUGCUGUCAAUGUUGAGGAACUCUUUCAAAGUAUUAGUCGGCAGAUCCCCCCGCUGGAGAACACAGACGUGGACAGCAACGAGUCGUUCAAGAUCACGCGCCAGCCGCUUCCAUCAUCUAGACGCUGCUGUUAGAGGAGUGAGAAAUUUGGCUUGCUCUCUUCCUUAUAGAUGGAUAUUUAAUUUACCUUUAUAACCAUCAUAACCUGUAACCUAAAGUUAGCCUGACUUUACUGCUGAAGUGAAAAGAGUUUAGAUUCAGCAGUUUUAAGCAUACAGUAGCUUAACGAAUUUACAAAAAGACACAAGGCAGAUUGAAGAAUAUUUCCAGUGUCCAGUGUGGAGCAGAGUUAGCUGGCUAACUCUGUAAGAUUCAUUUCAUAAGGAGCAGAGCCAUAGAUCUUAAAGCAUUGGUGCCAGACUCCAGUGCUGUAACUUCACAGUCCUGAACAACUUAGAACUCAAAAAAAAAAAGAAGACAAAACCCUGAAGUCUGAUUGUGCUGUCCGUCUCUGUUUAAUGCUGGUCCAGUAUCAGCUGGCUGUGUCCAGAUGUUCUUAUUCAUAACGACACGAAAGACAAACAAACCCCAAAAGCAUGAGUCCUGCUCUUAGGAUUUUUUUUUUUUUUUUUUUUAACACUUAUCAGAAAGCAGAAUGGUUUUAAAAACUGCUCAGAGUGUUUACAUUAGCCUUUUAUAAUCAGGUACUUUACCAGCUCUCUCAACUGACAGCUAUAAUAUCCACAAUAUGUAGAAUAUAAUCACAGUGUCGCUUGUAAAUUUAAUGGCAGAUUCACACGGAUUUGUCAGUUUACCAAGUCCAAGUCAGAGCAAAAUUGAUCUAUUUGCUGUUUGAUUUAGUUUGGGUUCACAAUGCUCAAAAUUAAACAUAAAUGUGAAAAGAUGAGGGGUUUAUAGGCUUGGGAGUGUACGUGUAAAACUCUUCAUUCAUCGGUCAAAACUAUUGCGACGAAAAAAGUAACAAGCAAAUGCAAAGCGCACAUAGAAAUCACAUAAAUCACCUGAGUACGGAGAACGCAUAGCCGAGGCUAGAUAACUGAUUUGUUUACAUGACGAAACAGUUUGUUUAUUGUAUUUUAUAUGCGGUUCAAAUAUGCAGAAUACAUGGCAUGCCUGCAAGGCUACAGCUCUGUCUUUUGGUUCAGUAUGCACCUCGUAGCUCUGUUUAGCAGCUCACAUCUACAAAAUAAAAAAAGGCCACCUGAAACCCAAAAUACACAGCAUAUUUAAUUUACCUCCUGUAUUUGGGUUGAUUCGCUUUCUCACUGCAAUCACAUAGCGAUAGAAUUCAAUUAGAAGAGGACCGAGACCGCCUCAAAAUGCACGUGAUGGACCGGCUGUUUUUGGGCCGCACCCAAGCACGAUUGCCAUGUUCUCACCUGCGUAAACGAAUCACUCUGUGGGAGAAAACACACCUGGAUUCCAUUCCAACGGAAUAAGCAAACAUGGCCAGAGUGAAAGCACACUAAGAGGUCCUAUUUCAACCGAAACCAAGUUAAUGAGGUAAAUAUGAACCAGAUGGGAUGCAGCCAGUGCUCAGUGCUCAGUCACAGGUAGAUGGUUAAGGAUAUAAUAGCCUGUUAGGAGUCAAUACAUCUUAAUAAGCUUAAGAAACGCUACACUUGUUAAAUAUGAGAUUUACAGUUUUAGUAUUCCUAAAGUAUUUAGUAUUCCUAUUCGGUGCACUAAUGAUUUUUUUUUACCAGGAGACAUAUUCCAAGUAGAAUGAUGAUCAUUCCUGUUUUGUAAUCUCUCAUCAUUCAUCAUCGUCCUCGGCUGUUUAAAUGUUUAAACGUCAGCAGUAUACAUGUAGGAUUUGUAAUAUUUGUAAGAAGCGAGUGCGUUCUUCAGGUGUGAAGUCAAUAGCUGAAAAUCUAUUGUGCAAUUCUGCACCAAUGUAUGGGUCUUUUUAUAAAUGCUGCCAAUAAUUUGUACAGGAUGCUCAAUUAUACAAAAUACUUGUAAUUAUUACUAAUCCAUGAAGUGUCUUAAAAGUGCGGUACUGUAAGAGAUGAAGCCGCUAACACUUACAGUAGUUAGCAUUGUGCUUUGAAUGUGCAUGCAGUCUACAGGUGCCUUAAGUAUUCACAGAUGUAGUUGGAGAAGUCAAUACAGUGUUUAACAUGUAGGUGUUAGCAGUCAGGCAUUGAUGUAUUUAUCAAGUAUGCUUGAAAUUGAAACUGUUAAACAAAGCAUUGUCCAUUUCUAGAUUGUUCACGCUAAAAUUUUGUAUGUUUUACAUUUUACUUGUUUCGUAUUAAUUAGUCUUACGGUCGAGUGCAGAUGUUUGCACCCUCAAGGUUUUUGCCUAGGGGAAAUGUAAGUGUAUAUUAAACCCAUGUAAAAAAUAAAUCAGAUUGUUGCCACCUUACAGCUCCAGGGUCUACGUUCAGUCCUGGACUGGUUACUGUCUGUUCUGGCCCAUAUCCAGCUUCUCUGGUUUACUCCAACUAAAUUGCCAUUAUGUGUGAAUGUGUGUAUUAUUGUUGAUUGACUUGUAUCCCCACCUCAUAUUCAGUGUCCCCAGGAUAGGCUCCAGUUCCCCCAGUGACCCUGGUCACUGAUUAAAAUUGUGUAUCUUGUAAACAAGACAACAAUCUUAAACAUAAGGCAGAAAAAGUUUCAAAAUUAUUAAAAAUGUCAACAUUUUGCCUAGAUCCAAGUUUGAUAAUUGGCAGAGUUCAUACAUAAUAUUCUGCCUUCAUUUUGUCCUACGUUGGUGUAAACGUUUGCACAUGACUCUAAAUACGUUUUGUGUUUUGUUUUUUCUGCUAAUCCGAAUCAGAAGCACUUUGCCAGGUUAAAGACUGUGAUUAGUGAACCGUCACUAGGGGGCAGUGUGAGUUUUAUUCUUAAAACAGAAAUACAUAAUGCUGGGUCUCUCUCUCUUUCUGUGUCAGAGGAUGGGAAGUCUGUUCCCCUCUGAUAAUGUCCUCAACGCCUUUAUUGUGUCACUGGUUUGUGUUUGUUGUCUUUUAUCCGGAUUAUUAAGGAAGUAUGUUGGAAGUAUUUUCAGCAUGCAAAGAGGACACCUAAUGAGAUCAGAGUCUGAGUGCAAAUUGAAGUCAGUUGAAACAGCAGGUUAAUUAAGAGUGUGGAAAUGAAAUCCUAAAUAGUUAAAGCAUUAAGGACGGGCUGUAAAAACACUGACUUUUUAUUUAACCCUGAGAAAAACACAAACCAUUUAACACAUAAAUCUUAAUGCUGUGUGUGUUAUUUUAUAUCAGUCUUGUCCGUAUCUUAUCUGCUACAACACAAUGACCAAAGCAUAGAUGUUUUUGCUUUACGUAUGCCGAUGCAUUAAUUACCAAUUCUGCCUAUACUAGCGAUAAGCAACAAUGCCCUUAUUAUUUACAUAAAUUAUUUACAUCUGAAUGCUGAUCAGAGUAACAUGUUGUAAUAAGCAGUUUGUUAAUAAAUAUGCACAGUAACGUUA